AUGACUGAUAAAACGAUGAGUAGAUCUGCGUUUCCUGUUGAAGGUUUACUGCCAAAGAAUGAGACCGAAGCUGCCAUGUUUAUUUCCUCUAAUCCCGAGAUGGAUGGAAGAGGAACCGUCAUUGCUAUUCUUGACACUGGUGUCGAUCCCGGUGCUCCCGGUUUACAAGUAACCAGUCAUGGACUACUGAAAAUAAUUCAUUUGAUUGAUUGCACCGGUGCUGGUGAUGUUCCCUGUUCAACUGUCGUUGAACCCACUCCGAAUGCUGAUGUCACUACAUCUUCAUUGGGUACCAUUGUUGGUCUUUCUGGUCGUACUCUUACUUUAGGAAACUGGAAUUGUCCUACAAACAAGUUCCGGUUAGGUCUGAAACACUCUUCUGACCUUUAUCCUGGCCCACUUGUGGAUAGACUUGAAAAGAGCUCAAAAGAAAAAACACUCAUCAGUCAUCAUGCUCUUCUCACUCAAACUGAAGCUCUGGCUGUCACAGCCGACAAUUCUACUGCUACGGAUGACAAUGCCAUUCUAACCAAGAAUGACCAAAAAGCUCGUGUUGAAGUCUUGAAAGAUUUCAUGAAAAAUCACGAGGAUCCGGGUAUUCUUAUGGAUUGUGUGGUGUUCCACGAUGGAAAAACCUGGCGUGCAGCAAUUGAUGUCAACGAGACUGGAGAUUUGACAAAUGUUACAACAUUGGCAUCCUACUCGGAAGAACACCAGCAUCUCUGCUUUGGUGACGAUUCAAUGCUCAAUUACUCUGUCAAUAUUUACGAUGAGGGUCAAAUGCUUAGCAUUGUUACUUUGGCUGGUUCUCAUGGUACCCACGUUGCUGCUAUUUCUGCCGCAAACUAUCCCGAAGACUCUCGUUUGAAUGGCAUUGCUCCAGGUGCUCAAAUCGUUUCUCUCAAAAUUGGCGAUACCCGUUUGGGUUCUAUGGAAACUGGCGCUGGUCUGGUUCGUGCUGCUAUUGAACUUGCGCGCUUAAAUAUUGAUCUUGCCAAUAUUUCCUAUGGAGAAGCUGCUGCUAUUCCAGAUACUGGUCGCUUCAUUGAAUUACUUCGUGAUGAAGUCAUCAAUAAAAAAGGUUGCAUUGUAGUCGCCUCUGGCGGUAAUGCUGGACCAGCACUGACUACUGUGGGUGCUCCGGGUGGUACUGGAAGCGCUGUUAUUGGUGUGGGUGCGUAUGUCAGUCACUCCAUGAUGGAUGCAGAGUAUGCUUUAUUAGAUAAAGUUGAAGAGCGUGCUUACACUUGGUCUUCGCGUGGCCCAUCCAGCGAUGGUGAUAUAGGUGUUGACAUCUUUGCUCCUGGCGCUGCCAUCACCAGUGUACCUCAAUACACGAUUCAGCGUUCUCAGCUAAUGAACGGAACAUCCAUGUCUAGUCCAAACUGUUGUGGAUGUCUGGCACUUUUACUUUCGGGUCUAAAAGCUAAGCAAAUUCCGUAUACUCCCUAUCUUAUCAAAGCUGCCAUCCAAGCCACUGGAAAAGACAUCAAAGAUCCCUUUGGUAUUCGCUUUGUUCAGGUACAAAAGGCAUGGAAUUAUUUGACUGAUACUGCUCAAGGCUAUCUUCCAUCGACCCUUCACUAUGCUAUUACCAUCCCCGAAAGGGAUGAUGCUCGUGGUAUAUACUUGCGCGAUAUCGUAGAAACAAGCGAAUUGCAACAGCUUGCUGUCAAAGUGAGCCCUGUUUUUCCUCGCAAAGACGAACCUUCGCAAAACCUGUCCAAACUAUCCAUGGAAGUCCAGGUUUUACUCAAAUGUUCUGAUCGCUGGAUUUCGGCACCUAAUUUUGUGCUUCUUAACAAUUCUGGUCGUGCAUUCAAUAUUCGUGUGGAUCCUACUCAACUUCGUCCAGGUUUCCACUACGGUACCAUCACUGGAUAUGAUGCCAACAAGCCAGAAGUUGGAUCUAUUUUUACCAUUCCCAUUACGGUGUGUAAGCCUGAGGUCGUCACUAGCGCGCUGACCGAAACUUCCUGCUAUGUCAAAUAUGAUUCUUUGAGCUUUAAAUCUGGCGAUAUUCAACGUCACUUUGUUCACGUUCCUCUUGGAGCCAACUUUGCGGAGCUUAUUAUGCGAUCAGAAGGACGCCAAACUUCAGCCAACUUUUAUGUCCACAUGCUGCAGCUGCAUCCACAAUCUCGCUAUCCAAUGUACGAAAAAAAGUACACCUUUUCACUCAACUCUGUUGGUUCUGGAGCAAUGAACGAAGACUCUGUUUAUCGCAAACACUUUAGUGUGCUACCAAAUGUUACUAUUGAACUUUGCCUUGCGCAGUUUUGGUCGAGUCUGGAUCCAUCAACCGUGUCGGUUGAGCUUAAAUUUCAUGGACUUUUGGCAUCUGCUUCCGCAUCCACAACUGGUGGGAACGGUCUUUCAAGUGGAAGCGGCGGUGAUCUGAUGUAUAUCAACCCGGGAAGCAAUGGAUUUGCCCGUGUAGAUAUCACUGCUCCUGUUCGCAACGAAUCUAUUUCGCCCAGUAUAUCUUUAGAUACUCUUCGCAAAAGCAUACGUCCAACUGAUUUUACUAUUUCCCCUCUCAAAUCGCGCGAUGUACUGCCCGAUACUCGUCAACUUCAUCAACUCGUGCUGACCUACUCUACAAAGAUAAAUGAGAGUGGUUCGAUCACGCCCCGCUUUCCCCGCAUGAAUAACAUGCUCUAUGACUCCUCUCUUGAAAACUUUGGUUUGUUUGUUUUUGACUCCAACAAGCGGACAAUUGCCUUUAGAGACAUUUACCCCAAAGCGAUCAAAGCCCUGGAGGGUACAUAUACGUUCCGCGCUCAAGUUGUAUCUCACUCUCUUGACGUCCUUGAAAAGCUACAGUCGAUGCCACUUGUGUUGGAUAUUGCUUUAUCUAAAUCAGUGUCGCUGUCUAUUUACAACUCAUUGGCUGGAGCCAUCUCUGAAGACGCAGCAAUGUCUUACAAACGAAAAACACUUUUGCGUGGACAGCGUUCUGUAUUCUGGGUUGGAGAUAUUGCUUCUAAUUCGGUUCCCAAAGAUGCCAAGCAUGGUGAUUUGCUUGUAGGCAAGCUUGAUCUUACCUCUACUAAAAUUGAUGGAGACUUGUACCCAGUUGCCUAUCUUGUUUCUCCCGAAAUCAAAAAAGACGCUUCCAAUGACAUUACGUUGGCAGGUGAAAAAGAACCUAUCAAGGAAGAUGCUACUUUGAUUACCGAGGCAGUCCGUGAUUUGGAGAUUUCGUGGAUCAAAAAACUCAAGAGUGAUGAAGAACGAAAACUGUUACUUUCCAAGCUUGAAAAAGAAAACCCGACUCACUUGCCACUUUUUAAGCAAAAACUAGAGCAGCUUACUGAAAAGUCUACUCAGUUUUCCUCUGCAACCCCCAUGUCGGAUGAGCUUUCUUCUCAGAUUCUUGCCACUACGCUGCAGAUCAUUAACAUCAUUGAUGAAGGCAGCGUUGCCAAAUACUUUGGUGUUCAACAUGACGUAGCACAAGGUGGUGAAAAGAUGCGUACGGAGAAAUCGGAAAUGGAGGCAAAAAAAGAACUACUGAUCAUGGCUUACAGAUGGAAAUCUGCAGCUUAUUAUAGCAUGCUUGAUACAACCAAGGAGCGCGCAGAGCAGUCCACUCUUUUUGUUGAAGCUUUGGCUAAAUACGCUGAAUGGCUUCCUUCCUCCUCAGCUGCCGAUGGCUAUUACAUAUUGCUUUCUGCAUGCCGUAACAGACUUCGUGGGCAUCACGGUCUUGCCCUCAAAUCGCUCAACAAGUUUAUUGCCGAUAGAAAAAAUGUGUCUACUGAAGAAGCAGGCAAGAAUCUCUGGAAGGCUGCUAUUGAAUUGCGUGUGUCCAUUCUUAAUGAGCUCGGAUGGAACAUGUGGGCUGACUACGAGUCCAAGUGGAAAUCCUUGAAAUUCCCCACCGAGUAUGCUUCUUUUUAACUAAAACAAUGAGGUGGGAGCAUCUUCAAAAAAUGUCAUCGGAUUUGGAUCUAAUUUUGAAUACUGGCCUUUUAUAAAUACAGAACGUUGAUCAGUCUUUUAUGAUUGGCUAUUCUAAUUUUUAAUCUCUAAUAGAUUGCAAAUAUAUGACAUGAUUGGAAGAUGGAAUGAAUUUAUUGUUUAUUUGAUGAAUA